AUUGAUAUGUCCAUUUUUGAUGAUAUUCAGCGAUGCAAUACAAUCAUCAUCAAAUUCUAUCUGAAUUUUUUAAUGAUAAAUGAAAAUGUUAAUGAAUGGUUUUCAAAUUUAUCGCAUGAAAUCGGAAAUCAACUGCAAUCAUUGUUGCAAAAUGCAUUCAUAGUUAUAGAGCAACCAUGUUCGAAUAUUUUGAAACAUGAUCCAUUGACUAUCAUUUCGAAUGCAAAAUUUGAGGUGAAAAUCGGUCUACUCUUUGGCUAUCAAUUGUUACCACACAAUUUUCAGGAAUGGCUUGAAUCAUUUGAUAUGCGACUUUUAGCCGAAGAUGAAAUCCGUUUAGUUAUAGAUGAAGGAUUAGAAGCGAUUCGGCCUCGAAAAUCAUCGUUUAACAUAAUCAACAAAGUGGAACCGAUAUUAAACAUAGAAAACGAAAUCUUGACUAUUACAAUUACAAGCAACCUUAAAGUGGAUAUCAAUCGUCGCGGUCAUAAUCCUAAAGCUGUGCCAGUGACGGAGAAUAAAUUUAAAUUUAUCUUCUGGCUGAACAUUGAUAUGUCAGGAUUGAAAUUUACAUUACAUACAUUUUCCUUGCCAAUAAAUGUACUCAGUCGCAAAGAUUAUAGAAAUUCAUACGCCACAAUCUUCUGGGAUAAUGCUUUUGCAAUAGAAAAUCGAAAAAUGUUUGAAACCCGUUCCUCAGUUUCAUGGCCAGAAUUGGCCAUCGUUUUGAAUCAAAAAUUUUGCAAAGAUGUGGGUGUUUUCCUUAGCGAAGAACAUCUGAAUUUCAUUCGCACAAUGAUACCGAGCGGUAAUGAGUAUAAUAACGAUGUAAUAACUUGGGAACAAUUUGCCAAGACACCAUUACCGAUGAGACAUUUUACAUUUUUCGAAUGGUUCUACAAGAUUCUUAUUUUGGUUCGUGAUCAUCUUAAACAAUUGUUCAUAGAUGGCCUCAUUCAUGGAUUCAUAUCGCCGGAAAUGUCGGAGAAAUUGCUACAAGGAUGUAUAGAUGGAACAUUUUUGAUUAGAUUCAGUGUAACAUUUUGUGGUGCCAUCACCGUUGCUUAUGUUCAGAACAGAAAAUUCGACAAACUAUUACCCUGGGAUUUGGAACGAUUAAAAAAAAUGUCCGUUUCACAUACGAUCAAAUCUGCCGAUUUUCUUCUUUACCUUUAUCCAAAUAUACCUAAAAAUGAUGUUUUUGGCAAAUAUUAUGUGCACAAUAAUAAUAUGAUUCGAUCGAUUACCGGUAAAGAUUAUAGUUGUGAUACCGAUAUUGCAACACAAAUUUUACCUACCAAUAAUAUUGAACAGGCAUCUAAUAAAGUUUAAAAA